AUGGCUGCAGCUCCGUCACGCGUCACGCCGAUGGCCUUCUUGGGGCUCCUGGGCGACAACGCGUCGCUAGUGGUCGUCGAGAGCGUCGCCUACCUCAGCACCUUUCUCCUCCUGCUCCACGUGCACUCGUCCGGCAAGCGCAACGCCGCCGUAUGGGUCGCCGCCAUGUUCCAAGUGCUUCUCGUAGAGCUGUUCCUCCACUCGGACGACCGCUGGCACGCGCAAUCGCUGCUGAUGGCAGUGCCCGACCGUCUCCCGCUGUACACGGUGCUGCUGCAGGCUCAGCUCUACUACACGGCAUUCGUCGCGACGUCGCGACUGCAGAUCGAUGUGCUGUUUCAGCCGUUCGCGAUGGGGACGUUCGUGGUGCUGCUCGCGUUGCCGUUGGAGCUGCUGGGCGCCAAGUUCCUCUGGUGGACGUGGCACGACACCGACCCGCUUUUGGCGGACCGACUGCUGGGCAUCCCCUGCCACGCACUCUUCUACUGUUACUACUUUGCGUUCGCGUUCAGCUGCGUGCACCACGUCCUGCGCAGGAAUUGGCUCACGGGCGACUACUGCAAAGAGGACCAGUGGGCGUCCGAGCGGGCCUACGUCUUGUUGAUGCCGUUCCUUACGACUCUACUCGCUGCUGGUCUCCUCAUUUUGGGCUACUAUUGCCCUGUUCGCCUCCUGGGGAUUCAAGCACAGGUGUCUCUCUUCAUGUUGAUCGGGCUGAGCUUGCUACUCUGCUGGAUCGCUGAUCGCGAGAGAGGCCUCCCGGGCGUGCAAGACUCGUUAGACCCUGUGGCCGUCUACGACAGUGACUGGCUGUAUUCGUGCAUCGACCACGCGGUGAACCAGAUGGUGUUCCUGCUCUACUUUGUCCUGUUGCUGCUCGUGCUGUUCAUCAACCCGACGGAGAUCGUGUCGAUGGGCCACCACCAGCCACUGGGCCACUGCCUCGAGCGCCAGUCGUACUACAGUCUCAUUGGUAUGCGCCACCACCGCAGGAAGUACCUCUGCGCAUACGACUUUGACGAGGACUUUACGCUGUGCAACGUCCCCAUGACGCAGCUGCUCCACGAGGGGCCGUCGUAUAUGAUCUGCGGACGCGGCUACAACAACUUUGCGACGUACGUGGCGCUAGUCGCUGGCAGCUUCGUAGGGCUCAACGUCCUCUUCUACCACGUGCUCAAGCGCCCGCACGUUGUGACGUUUCAUCGCCGCCAGUGA